ACUAACGGAAACUAGUUGGGCUUUUCGAUGAGGUCUAGGAUCAGGCUUUCAUUGCCCACCAUUCAUCCAAAGAUAAAAAACCACAGAAAAACAUAAAGCCUCGCAUUCUAUAUUGGGAUUAUACUAUAGCCAGCCACCCACCGAGAGAGAGAGAGAGAGAGAGAGAGAGAGAGAGAGAGAGAUUUACGAUGGCACUGAGAGUAUGGGCGUCUUCAACAGCAAAUGCACUGGGAGUCUCUUGCGCUUCCAGAUCUCAUCUCUCUCCUGCAUUUUCUCUCUCCAGAUGCUUCUCGACUGUUCUGGAGGGGCUGAAGUAUGCAUCUUCACACGAAUGGGUGAAGGUUGACGGCCCGGUCGCUACAAUUGGUAUCACCCAUCAUGCUCAGGACCAUCUCGGAGAAGUGGUGUUUGUGGAGGUGCCGGAGCCUGGCGGCUCCGUGGCACAAGGCAGCAGCUUUGGAGCUGUGGAAAGUGUAAAAGCCACCAGUGAUGUUAACUCCCCAAUAUCCGGCGAGAUUGUUGAGGUCAACACAAAGCUUACUGAAGCACCUGGUUUGAUCAAUUCAAGCCCAUAUGAAGAAGGAUGGAUGAUCAAGGUGAAACCAAGCAAUGCAUCAGAAUUAGAAUCCUUGAUGGGUCCAAAAGAAUACACGAAAUUCUGCGAAGAAGAAGAUGCUGCACAUUAGCAUUUCGUUGUGCUCGUGCAUUUCAUUUUCUUUCACUUUCGCACUUGUUCUACUGCUGCUUCAUGUACAAAACAAAAGCUAUGACAAUAACUAUCUGAUUUGAUGAAAUUUAAGCACCCUAUGCUAUGUUUCUGCCGAA